GCCAGACCUGAAUCGGCACUACACCCACCCUCGAUUUUCAAACGCGCUGUCAGUGUAUGUCGCGCUCAUCGUCCUAGCCCUGCCCGUGUGGCCUUUCCCCUCGUCAGGUGUACAGAAGGCGGCGAGUGGAUGCCUACGGAGUGUGACGUGAAUGGGACGAGGCGCUGCUGUGUUGAGUAUAAGAGCAGAGCUCGCUGAACGAUAUUGAGCAAGCUAACUCAGCUUACCGGUCGACAUCGAGAACCAAGUCAGACAAACCUUCGACACCAUGAUUGGAAUCGCGACUGUCAUCCUCGGCGUCUUCACCGCCUUGUCCUCUGCCUCCUUUGUCACCCUCAACAACAACUGCGGGUACCAGGUCGACGCGGCGUUCAACCCCACCGUCGAGUUCAACCAGAGCCAGACGGGUGGUUUCGCCCUGACCUCUGUGCACCCCUCCGCCACGGUCCUCCUUGCGAAUGACUACAACGGUCAGAUCUGGGGCCGCACGGGCUGUGACGCAAAUGGCAACUGCGCGACAGGCCAGUGCCCUGGCGGCGAGAGCUGCACGGGUCCGACGACAGGGACGGCUACCAUCGCGCAGUUCGCUUUAAACGUGACUAACGGCCAGGACUCGUUUGGAGUGAGCGAAGCCGACGGAUUCAACAUCCCGGUGACCAUCACACCUGGCCCCGGAUGCAGUGUCGGUGCAGUAGAGUGCACUGGUCCGGACAACGAGGGCGACGGCUGCGGCGAAACUUUCCAAUGCACCACUACCACGGCAUACACCUUGACAUUCUGUUAAGCUCGCAAUGGGCCCGGCGUAUUGCUGCAACCCUUACUGAACAAUCGAUCAUGUAUUGUCAGCGACAUCAAAUGCCA